CUAUGGAUGAUAAUCUUGAUAUAAAUCAUACAUAUGAAUGUACCAACAACGGCAAUAGCGCCACAUGCAGUGACUAUUAUGUCCGAGAAACCCUGAAAAUACUCGAAUGGGCCCCCGCGAAUAACAGGUUCAAAGGGCUGGCCAUGAUGAUCAAAGAUCUUACUCCUGAAAAACAGUACUACAUUUACAACGAAUGUGGUCCAGAGGUCAGGCAGCGAUUCAAGGCCGCGUGGGAUAACUGCAAGCAGUUUGUUAAAGCUCACCCGGACAAGUACGAAGAUGUAAACAUGCCCAACCUCGAGAUGUAUGACUCUAAAUGUGCUGGCCCGUCCCCAAAUGUCCUCAACUCUCCCACUCGAGCACAGACAGCUGCUUUGUUACAAUCAGCUCCACCUUGGCCGAGCCAGCCAGCAGAUUCCCAGUCAGCGCCGGCCAACCAACGAAAGCGCAAGCCUGAGCAUGAGAUAGACGAACAAGGACGAUACAGCAAAUCGCAAUUGUCGCAUCCUAGAGCUCCUCAACAGUAUCCAAGUUAUUGGCCUAAUGUACCAUUUGAUCUUUGGCCCUGGGAGACUGUCCAUAGGAUUAUUAAAGGUGGUGGACAACUCCCCUUCUCUCCGAAAGCCCACGAGUUGAACCGCAGCACUCCUCGCUCCAUCUCCGUCCCAUGGACCGCCUGGAAGCCUCGGUUCAAUCCUAUGACCAAGGCAUUGAACGAAGGAGGAGUCAAAUACAAAUUCAAUUCUGCCAAACAAGAAUUCGAUGUGCGAGCUCCCAACCAUUUGAUUCAGGGAUUGCCACAGAAUCAGCGUCUUGGGCUAUGUCCCGGCAUCUACGACGUCAAAGAGCGUCACUCUCCCUGCCCUUAUAAAGGGGAUAUUGAACAGUGCAUAUGGGAUCACAAAGUACCCCAGGAGCACAUCUGGUUCUUAUAUGAGAAUGGAAUCGUACACUGGUUGGUGGCUGCCAACUGGAUUACUUCUCAUAACGCCAACUUGCCCGCUGAAGCAAAGGGAGUCAAGCUCCAAUACCCACCCAUCCAAGCCACAGGCACUGGCACCAUCACCGAGGUUGGCGCGCAACUUCAACAGCUCGCCGUAGUGAAAAACGAAGUCAACUUCCCCCCACUGCAGCCACCUGCCAAAAGCCCCUUGCAGGUUUCAGAAGUCUCCAAACUUACAAAAUCGCUCUCAUCGCGAGAUAACGUGACCGCAAAAAUACAAGAAGAUGACGCAUCAUCAAUUGCACAAACCAACAUACGGGAUCAGACACUGGGCGAUUAUCACGUCUCCGAAUUACCCACUAUAGUCGAUAUACCUGGUACUCGAGAAAAGGUCACGGAGACUGCAACUCUUCCAAGAAAGACCUCCCGGUCGGCGGUGCUUCAAGCUGCGGCUCCCCAAACAGCAAAUACAGUUUCCCAAAUACCAGCUAUGGCUGAUAAGCCAGCUCAGACACCGGCUGUACCUCGCAGCUUCUCUAUAACAGACGAAGAGUACAAACUCAUACUGGGGCGGAGGCUCACGUCAUUGGCUAUGAGUAUGUCCCCCGGAACCCAAGAGUCACCCAAUGUUGGCUCGUCCAGCUCGCCGCAAACGGCGUGUACGGAUACCCCUGCUGUCCCCAACCCGGGGGAGACUUCAGAGGUAGAGUCUGCUCUGUUUUCUGCACUAGCCGCUGCUCUAUCGUCUGCCACCCGAAGUCCCGACAAGACUGCUGGGUUGGCAGCUUUCUCCUCAAAGGGGGGAUAGAGUGGUGCCUUUGCAAAUGCAGUGCAUGUCCAAGACAUUCUUUAUAUUCAGGCUUCGCGGCCGCUGGUAUCCUCGUAUUGCAUGUACUUCUUCGUACUCCCAGGAUCAUUCCCUAUAUAGCUGUUUUGCUUCUGUGCCUCUCAGCGCGUCCUUUGAUCACUUUAUUGUAGACAUUGUUGUCUUUUUCAUCGUUGAACCUCUGGACUUUUUCGUCUUCAUUAAACUGACAGGCUGCCCUGUCACGCACUUCAUUCUGUAUACGGACUUUAUCGUUCUUUUCUCCGAAGAAAAUAAUGAAUUUUUUAUUUCGAGCUUCACUUCUCUGGUGCUCAUUGGCCUUGUGUUUGAUGGAUGCGCGAUUCAGUUUCUCUGUACAUAGAACUUCAAAAUCCAUCUCUCAAACACAAAUUCGUGAUCUCUUAACGUGAUGUUUCUGUCGUCCAAUGAUACAUGCAACGAGUUAAGCACAGUACUGGGCACAUUAGUGAUUCAUGGACAUGCAACGAGCAGUCUGCACGAGAAGACCUUUCACUGCCCUGUGGUUUCCGUGUCUGUGGCCUGGUCUAUUUCACAAUUGAUGGGGCGGGGUUUUGGCCGCGAUAGGCAAAUAAAUUCGCUGAACGGGAAUCGACGAUUU